AUGCUCAGACCGGGUCUUCCUGCUCUUGCACGAACCAGUACACCGGGACGGAGAUUCUAUGACUCGCUUUUUGGUUUACGCACAUCAAUAAACACUCUAUCAAGAAACUCUUUCCGGACGUAUGGCACAACGGAUCAAGGGCAGAAUUUGCCACCCGUCACAGAAGGGGAACAGCAAAUAAUCAAUAAACUUAAGGCAAGAUUUCACCCGUCAAGACUUGUGGUGCAGGAUGUAUCAGGGGGAUGCGGAACAUUUUAUGCCAUUAACAUAUCAUCUUCUGCCUUCAAGGGGUUACCGACAGUGAAGCAGCAUCGUCUAGUAACGCAGGAACUAAAAGAAGAGGUCGCAAGCAUUCAUGGUCUACAGCUUAAAACCAUCCCUGAAUAG